AUGGCUGUUCCGUCAUCUUUAAACCCUCCAAGCCGGGUGCUAGUCACAGGAGCGAACGGUUUCAUAGCACAGCACUGCGUGGCCCGUCUCCUGGCGGAGGGAUACUCGGUCACGGGCACGGUGCGGUCGUCGUCCAAGGUGACGCCUGUGCUGGCGACGCACGACCAUCACCCAGAGCUUCAGGUCAUCGUCGUCGAGGACAUGACACGCGCGGAGAGCUACCUGGAUGCGCUGGCGGCGGCGGCGGCGGCGGCGGCGGUGGCAGGGCCGCCAGAGGCCAUACUCCACCUCGCAUCGCCCUUUGACUUCUCCGUCUCCGACUUCGAGGCCGACCUGAUGCGGCCGGCCGUGCAGGGGACGAGGGCGCUACUGGAAGCAGCGAGUCGGAUGAUGUCAGUCAGGCGCGUGGUGCAGACCAACUCGUUCGCGGGCAUAUUCGACGCCUCGGUGGCCCCGGACCCGUCGCAGACAUACACGACGCAGGACUGGUCGCCGCUGACGUACGAGGAUGGGUUGGCGGCGACGGUGGCGCCCGCGGCGUACCGGGCGUCCAAGGCGGCGGCGGAGAAGGCGGCGUGGGCCUUCGUCAGGGACCGCGACGUGCACUUUGACCUGGUCAGCCUGUGCCCCGGCCUGGUGUUUGGCGGGUUCCUCCCUGGGGCCCCCCUGCCCGGGCGCCCCGACGAGCUCAACACGUCCAACGCGGCCGUGUGGUCCGUCAUCUCGGCCGGCGUGGACGCCCCGAUCCCGCCGACCAGGGCGCCCGUCUGGGUCGGCGUCCACGACACGGCCGUCGCGCACGUCCGAGCCCUCCAGACGCCACAGGCCGGCGGCAGGCGCUUCCUCGUCGCGUCGGGAGUCUACUGUAACCAGGAGCUGGCGGACACGGCGCGCAGGGUGCUAGCGGCCGACGAUAAGCACGCCGGCCGCGUGCCCACCGGGAAACCGGGCGACUGGUCGGAGAAGGAGAAUCUGUACCGCAUCGACGCCACUGAUACGGAGGAGGUGCUGCAGAUGAAGUGGCAGGAUCUCGAAACGGUCCUGGCCGAGCUGAUGCCGCAGCUAUGGGAGGUGGAGGGGGUCUAG